AUGCUUCUUGGACGCAACAGACUACUUUCUGCGUACGCUGUAUUGGCCAUGAUCUGGCUGUCUUUAUUCCAGCUUUGCAGACUUUAUACCUACUAUGAUCCGUCCUCCUUCUUCUACGACUCCCGAAAAGCAUACGAGACGCGAUACACAGACCUGAGAGAAAGGGAUGCCGACCACCUCCUCAACACUCUCCACCACGCUUCCAUCGACAAGCUAUCGAACGUUAACUCGAUCAAAAACGAUGUUGAUAUACGGGGCCAAGACAAAAGAAUAUGCAUUGGUAUUCCAAGCGUUAGGCGCGAGAAGCAACAUUUCCUGCCGAGAACCAUGGCAUCCCUGGUAGAGGGCCUGGAUGCUGGACAGAGAAGCGCGCUCCGCAUCACCGUCCUGCUAGCUGAUGAUGAUCCGAUGAGCCAUCCAGCAUUUGGACAGGAGUGGCUUCAUGUACUGGCCGAUGAAGUUCUUUUAUACGGAAAUGAUUCAUCUUCAGUAGUGCCCAAUGUCUAUCGCUACGUGCAACCUUUUGCGUCUGAGGAAGACAAGACACUACUGCGAAACGACCGAGUACAUCGUGACUACGCGACCCUGAUGGCAAACUGUCGUGCAACAGAAGCACAGUACUUCGUUUUAAUGGAAGACGAUGUCAUCGCCGGUCGUCACUGGCUGAAUCGGUUACUGGAUGGCUUGGAGUAUCUUGAACGGACUGAUAAAGCCGGAAACUGGCUUUACCUUCGACUUUUCUACUCAGAAACCUAUCUUGGCUGGAAUUCAGAACAAUGGCCUGAGUACCUUGUUCGUUCGUUGUGCUUCUACACCAUGGUACUGUCCCUAUACCUUGUUGUCGUAGCUGUGGAUACGCGUCGACGAUCUCACACCUUUCAUUAUAAGGCAUAUGGUUACAACGUACUGCACCUGACUUUCUGGUCGGCUUCGUUUAUAGCCCUCUACUUCAUGGCCGGGAGACUCACCGUCGAUUCAUACAAUGAGGGCAUUCAGGAGAUGCCCAACUACGGCUGCUGCGCACAGGGCCUUGUGAUACCACAACAACAUCUCCUCACCUUGGAAAACGCCCUGCAUGCAGCAGCAGAUGAUAUUGCAGGCGAUUCUCUGAUCGAGAAGUUCGCCGGUGACCAAGCAUUGAAGAAGUAUGCUAUAGUGCCGAGUCUCUUACAGCAUGUCGGUAUUAAAGGAUCCUCAGAUGCACAAGGGAGUAAGAAGGCCACAUGGAAUUUCAACUUCGAGAGGAUUACUUCGCGAUAG